GACAACGGGAGUUUCUGGGUAUCAGAACUUUUGAAAAUCUUGCGACUUACAAAUGAGUUCUUUAAGGGCCUGGUCCAAAGCCCAUUGAAGUUAGUGGAAGUCUUUCAAUUGAUUUCAAUGGUCUCUUGCUCAGGCCCUAACAGUCAAACAUUAGGCACCCAUUUUUGAUAUUUGGCAGUGCAAUUCUCCCUCUCACUUCAGCACGGGUGUGACUUUAAUUUCACUGAAGAGUUGGAGAAUCCUAGUAAAUACCCUGGAAUUCUUUUUAUCAUUUUGGUUUCUAGGGAACUUUUUGGAGUCUUGUAGGACAUUUUUCUUUUAAUUAAAACUCACAUUUUCCAUGCAAAAUAUAAUUUAAGGACAACCCCCCCUCCCCCAAAAAAAUCCCAUGUACAUGUCUUUUUCAGAGUAAAUGGAUGCCUGUGCAAUGCCAACAUGAAGGAUUCUUGUUUUAAGUCAAUCCUCUCCCUGCUUCUAGGUGUACUUGAAUUUCUAGGUCUACCCUUGUUUGAAUAAAAUACAAAAAUGUGCAAACCAAAAUCAAUCUUGCAAAACUGUAGGCAAGAGGACUGAGAAAAUAAGCAUUGGCACUGCACAAAAAUACACCAAGACUUCAACAGCACUGUACAGACAGCUCCAAGGGCUAGAUAUGUGUCAUUACUGCAGGCUGAUAUGCAGAUGUCAGUCAGACCACACACAUCCCCCUAAACAGGACCGUCAGGUGACUUUGGUGGGCUUGGGAAGAGCCUCUGUGAGAGAUGCUAAAAUAAAUAUCCCCAGCCAGCAUUCUCUAAGUUGCCCUUCCACCCUGUAUGGCGCAGAGCAGGGGUCAAUAGGGAGGCAGUUUCUAAGAGCCCCCCAUGUAGUUAGCGGUGUCCUCUCUUUGCAUCCCUGCAGCUCUCAGACCCCAGGGAAUGGGGGGUUGAUUUUUAACUGGGGGGGGGGUCAGCUGCGGACAGCUGUUUUGCAGUGGAGUUCUCCCUCUCCCCCAGGUGGCUCGGCCCCUGCCCUUCCUCUCACCUGGGCCCAUGCGCGCGAGCGCAGGGCGUGUCUCCCUGCGGGCUCCUCUUUGGAAAACCUCCCGCCCCUAGUCAGGCGGGGGGCGGCAGGCAGAGCGGCCGGCGCGCUGCAGGGACCGCAGGCGGGCAAAGCGCUCCAGCCGCCGCCGGGAGUUGGGCGAGUUCUCUCCCCCAGCAGCACCAUGGACAGCAGCCCCUUGGAGCAGCUGGACGCCGCCGGCUUCCUGGACAUCUGGCAGCGCUUCGACGCCGACGACAAUGGUUACAUAGAGGGGAAGGAGCUUGAUAAUUUUUUUCAUCAUCUACUGAAGAAACUGGGCACAUCUGAUGCCAUAACAGAGGAAAAGCUUCAGAGGGUGAAAGAGCGAUUCAUGUCUGCCUACGAUGUCACUGCAGAUGGACGUUUACAAAUACAUGAGCUUGCAUAUAUGAUCUUGCCAGAGGAUGAGAACUUUCUGCUGCUUUUCCGACGGGAAACACCCUUGGACAACAGUGUGGAGUUUAUGCGGAUUUGGCGCAAAUAUGAUGCUGAUAGCAGUGGAUUUAUUUCAGCUGGCGAGCUCAAAGACUUCCUGGGAGAUCUCUUUUUGCAGCACAGAAAGAUGAUUCCUGAGGCAAAGCUGGAAGAAUACACUGAUACAAUGAUGAAGAUCUUUGACAAAAAUAAAGAUGGACGAUUGGAUCUGAAUGACCUGGCAAGGAUUUUGGCACUCCAGGAAAAUUUCCUCCUUCAAUUUAAAAUGGAUGCUUGUAGUAAAGAAGAAAGGAAGAACGAUUUUGAGAAAAUCUUUGCACACUACGAUGUUAGUAAAACAGGAGAACUGGAAGGUCCAGAAGUGGAUGGAUUUGUCAAAGAUAUGAUGGAACUUGUCAAGCCCAGCAUUAGUGGUGUGGACCUGGAUAAGUUCCGUCAGAUUCUGCUCCAUCACUGUGAUGUGAACAAGGAUGGAAAAAUUCAAAAAUCUGAAUUAGCCUUGUGUCUUGGGCUUAAAAUGAACCCAUAGAUUUGAAUGCGCUUCACCUAUUGUUUGCAAUGUUUUCUUUGUAAGAACUUGCUGCUGCCGGUAGAACUCUUUCAGUGCUGUGUUAACAAUCUGUGUGAUAGUGCUGAACGUGGAAGAUAUAGGCACCUCACUGCUGUAAUGAAAGUGCAUUUGCACCAGGAUGCCACAGAGUGGAGAAUGCAUGAAGGGCCUUUCAAUUCAAUAACUAGAUUCACAUUGUUCAGUAGAAGAAAUUACGUGUGGGGCCUCUGUAUUUUUUAUAAAUAAUGUCCAUAUCCACAGACAUACCAGUUUAUCAAAAAUGGGGGAUGUCGUUCCAUUACUUCCUUCAUAAAAUACUGCCACAAUCAGUUCUUUGGCAUAGGAUGAGUCUUUCCUUAAAAUUGUAAGAUUAGUGCUCUCAUACUGUAGCUGCUUUCAUUGCCUGAUUUUUAUGAUGACUGCCUUCUAUGUGAAGUCACUAUAUUUCUAAACAUGAGCAUUGUGCUUUACUUGUGUGUACAGCAUUAUAAUACUGGAUGGAUUGCAGUUUAUUUGUGCAAGAAUAAAACAGCAAUUAAGGAAAUACA